UCUACAUCAAAUCUUUCGUGGUUGAAUUCUACACGGGUCUGGUUUGCCUCGUGCUUUCAUCCGGUCUUUAAUACAGUGAAACGAUCCCUCCGGCCACGGGGCGCACGAUCUUAUCAAUCCAAACCUCGUUUACCCCGCGAUCUUCCGCAGCUGCAUCUUGCACUCCCCUCCUCAGCGCAUAAUAGAUCGGAACCGCCUGUGAGAUUAAGAUCUCCACAAAAUCUUAUAGGUGAUAUUUUACAAUAAAUCUGGAGCAGUCUUGAGGCGCGUGUUGUGAUCAUGGGUAAAUCUCAGUCGAAGCUUUCCCCCUCCCAGCUCGAUGAGCUCCAGAAAGCUACCCAUUUCGACAAAAAGGAACUGCAGCAAUGGUAUAAAGGGUUUUUGAAGGACUGCCCCUCGGGAACCUUGACCAAGGAAGAAUUCCAAAAGAUCUACCGACAAUUCUUCCCUUUUGGCGAUCCAUCAUCAUUCGCCAACUACGUAUUUCGUGUCUUCGAUUCGGAUAAUAGCGGGAUGAUCGAUUUCAAGGAGUUUAUUUGUGCAUUGUCGGUCACAUCGCGGGGCAAAAUGGAGGAUAAGUUGGAUUGGGCGUUUCAGCUGUAUGACAUCGAUGGCGAUGGUAAGAUCACGUACGACGAGAUGCUCGCUAUCGUGGAGGCGAUUUAUAAGAUGGUGGGCUCGAUGGUGAAACUCCCCGAAGAUGAGGACACACCGGAGAAACGAGUUCGCAAGAUUUUCCGGAUGAUGGACAAAGAUGAGAAUGGCAGCCUUGACAUGGAGGAGUUCAAAGAGGGUAGCAAGCGCGAUGAGACGAUCGUGAGCGCCCUGUCUCUGUACGAUGGACUGGUAUGAGUGGGUGGUGGUCGCAUUUGUAUGUUUCCUCUCCCAUGACCUAUAAACGUCUUUCUUUCUUUCUUUUUCUUUUUUUCUUUUUUUCUUUUCUUUUUUUUUUCUUUUUUCCUUUUUCUUUUCGGCGAAUCCGGCGUGGUCGGAAGUCUUGGUUUUUUCUUUUCUCCUUUUCUUAUCUUAACAUAACCAUUUCUGUCUUGUGUUUAUUAUUAUCUUUUUGGUCGUUUUGCGUCUAGGAUUCCCAUUACUGCCUGUCCCUGUACUUGUCUACCUGGUGCCCCGUAUCGGUGGUACUACGGUCGGACCGCUUCUCCUGUACACUUUCCCCCAGUCUCGAUUGAAUGUGCUAUAUUCUAGCCUUAUCUUCCGGGAGCAUUUAUCAUGGAAAAAUCAUAGGAAAAGGUUUGUCUCGUUGACCUCUAUGGCUUUGAUUGACAAAUUUAUUUCCUUUCAGUUUGCAGAAAAGAAAGCUCGAGAUGGUUGAUUGAGUGUAUGCUUCUCCUGAUAUGGCGAGGGGAUGGAUUGACGAUUAUGUUGACAUGUUCGAAUGUUGGCGGGCAUUUGCAUGACUGAGCCUUCAAAUGUAGUUUUUAGAGUUGAGAUGUUCCGAACCCAAGGUAUA